AAAAUUUUCAGCUGUGUUCUCCUGGUCUACGUUGUAAAUUUUGUUUCGCAUCAGACAAUAUUUUUUUUGAAAGUUAAUUGAGAAAGCUAUGAAUUUUCAGACAAGUUGCUGUCGAAUUUGUUUAAAAAGUGAGUUAUUAAUGUCUAUAUACCUUUACAGCCCUACUUUUCCACUAAGGCCGAUUGAAAUAGUUGAGAAAUUGAAUAUAUUUAAGUAUGAUGAAACAUUACCCACGCUCUUGUGUCAAUCAUGUUUGUAUCGGUUAUUGGACGCGUAUAAUUUGCAACAGCUAGCUGAAGCAUCUGAACGCCGUUUACGUGAUUAUAUCGGGAAUGGUACUGCUGGUGGCAGCUUGGGUCUAUGUGGAAUAAGCACAAAUACAAUAAAUCAAGAUUCGUCAUGCUUUUCAUCCACUGCGCCCAUUGGCGAUACCUGUAAGGAUGCCGGUGUUACUUCGACCAUUUAUACCAAUAUAUGCGACAUGUUCGAACGUACUAGUAAUAUGCAAACGAAUAAUGAAGUAGUUAAUGAUAAAGUGUGCACAGUGGCGGGCGAAGACAUGUUAAAUGAUAUCGAAAUUGACGUCAGCAGUUUGACGCGAUCAGAAGCCAAUGAGGAUACAUUGAAUGAAGUUUUUGCAAUCAAGCAUACACACCUAAGUUUAAACCGCGAAAACAAUUUGAAAACAGCAAUUUCUUCAGACUUAGCUAUUUCGCCUCCGGUCGAAGCAAAUACCGAUGUGUCAUUGAACGAAAAGUGCUCGGAAACCGGAAAACAUUUUAAUUCCAAUUGCGUUGAAAUACCCAAAUUGAUACAUACAAAGGAAAAGACAUUCCAUUGCAAGCAAUGCCCGCGUCAAUUUAAGCAAUCCAGCAAUUUACUUAAACAUCAACGCACACACACCGGCGAAAAGCGUUUUCAAUGUGAAAUAUGUGCUAAUUUCUUUACCACAUCGAGCAAUUUGAAGGCGCACAAGUCAACGCAUUUAGAGCAACGCGAAUACCAUUGUGGCCAAUGCAAACGCGGCUUUAAGACACUACGAGAAUUACGCCGCCACGAGCCUGUGCAUAAAACCGUUAAGGACAAUGUGUGCGGCAAGUGUCACAAGGCGUUCACGAAACGCAGUUACUUAAUGGAGCACAUUGCGGCGAUGCAUCGCGACAUGCGACGACACAAAUGCGCAGAUUGUGGCAAAUUAUUUGGCAGACGUUCAAAUUUGGUCUCUCACAUACGCAUUCAUUCAGGUGAAAAGCCUUUUCAAUGUAAAUUUUGCGAAUGGAAAUUUAACCAAACUUCCGCACUCGCACGCCAUAUGAAAAAACACACAAAAAGUGAAAAUGUCAACUUUAAUUUUAAAACUACACAGUUAAAGGAUUCAACACUAUUGAACAUUUUGCGAACGACCGAAGUGAUUGAAACGCCUGAUGCGGCCAUUAGUGAUAUAGGCAUAACCACGCAGAGUAACUUUAACGUACUCAAUCAUUUAUCCAAUUUGGGGGAUAUACAUUGCAUGAGCAACGACGGCAUUGAAAACGCAACAAUUGCAGAAUCCGCUGACGAAAAGGUGGCAUUACAAAAUAAUGGAACUUAUGAUUUUACAAAAAGCGACAUUUUGGAUUUCUCCACAAAUCAUGUAGUUUGUUAGAAUCACUGGGUGCGUAGGCAUCAGCUUUGUUUAUUAUACUCAUCGUAGAGACGCAAGAGUUCUGGACUUGUACGUGGCUGUAC